CCUAUUUACUAUGUCAGUCACCACAGUCUGAUCCAUCUGCCGCCUUUGCUUUCAAAGCCCACGUUAAAUACGAUAUCGCCCUCGCCGGCAAGCUCAAAACUCGCCUUUCCUCAUCGUAGCUGAGUAUCUAGAUUUCGACCAGGAUAAUUACCACAGCAUGGCUGCGCCAAAAUAUUAUGUUGUUGCCCGCGUGGUGAGCAGAGACGGAGCAUUAGAUAAGUGGAGGGAGAGGCUUACGGCGCUGUGUGCUGUAUCCAAGACGGAGCCGUUCUCCAACUCGUACUAUUGGGGUUACGACCUUGAUGGCGCGCCAGAUACUCUCUGGGGUCUGGAAGGAUACUACCACCCAGUCGGAUUCCACAUGAAUCAUGUCUCAGGAGAGAUCUUCAAGGAGGAAAUGGCCAAGGUGGACGACGACAAGUUGUUGCGCAAUGUCCAGGGCCUCGGCAGUCCUGAUUAUGAUUUGCACCAUUACGACCUUGCUGAUGGCUUUGUAAAACGCAAAGACGACCCAGACGCGGAUGCUGUGAAUAGCGUCGUCGUGAUCGUGCAUUUCUGGGCGAAGGAAGGCAAGCGAAAGCAGCUCUUAGGAACGCUUGCGGACGCCGCCGACAGAGUCCAGGCUUCGGAGAAGGCAGGCUCAAUCACGGUCCAGAGCUUUGCAGUGCUUAAGGAGGUGAAUGAUUUCCAGCUGGCUACCGCAUACAUUCGAACCAAGACGUUGGCAGAUUGGGAGAAGCUCGCAAAUUCGAGCCUUUUUAAAGAACUUUUGGACGGCCUGGAGACUGUUGUUGCGAAGCAAGAAAUUCACAGAGCUCAGAACUUUAUUGGACAUAUUGAUCAAGAUGCGCCCAUCGGCAAUCCAUAGGUAGAGAGCGAUUGACGUCAAAGACGCCUUGGAGCAGACGUGCUCACUAAACGUGGAACAAAUGCUGAAUGUAAAUAGAUGGUCAAAUAAGACAUGUCCCCAUUAACGAGGGAACUUUUCGCAGACUAGCC